UUCCUCUUCCUCCACAGAUAACACAACAUCAGACUGAGGAGCAGCAGCGACAGGAAGCCCAGAGACAGACCAGCGGACAGCAGUAACACCUGCUCUGAAACAGGUGAUUGAAGGAAAGGUCAAAGGUUGUUUCUGACAUGGCGAAGCCCGCUCGCCCUGUGUCUGAGAGCUACGCCCCGGUCUGCUGCUCACUCAGUCACUCUCUCUCUAACUCCAGUAAAACUGGGAUUGUGGUACAGGAUGAUGAUGAUGAUGAUGAUGAACAUUCCCCCAUCUUCUCCAUCUCCAAGAGCUCCAUGGAUGUCGUCAUGGCAACCGGUCCUCCGCACGAGAGGGACCCAGCCUGGACUCGGCUGAAGAUUAAACGCAGCUCCAGCACCAACACACACUCUGAGCCGAAUGCUGUGAUUCUUCAACAGCUGCGUGUGCACAUGAGGCCAGGGGUCAGAUCCACCAACAGUCCGUACUUAGCGGUCACACCUGCAACCCUGGACGUGCACGGUCUGCCUCUGCCUCGUGAGCCAAAGUCUCCAAAUGAACAGUGUUGGAGCGACUGCAGCAGCAGAAGAGUCCUGGGAACAGUAGUGCAGAGAGGAAGGUCUUCACGGCCCACAAGUCUGACCCAGGAGGUCUGUCACCCAUCUGCCCCAAACUCUCCAUCAGCCACACCCUCUGCCCUCCAAAGACCUAGUGAUGCAGGUGUGGACUUCUCAAAUUCAAAUCUUCCAGAAGACUUUGAAGUUGAUUCUUCACCUCAACCCACUCCAUCACUGUCACCCCUGCACAGCAGCAGACAGCAGGAUGGAAGAUUCCUGGAGAAACACCUGCUGGAAAAUAAAGCAGCAUCAGAUGUUGGGCACCUUGUUGAUGAACAGUCACAUGAUUCUGAAGGCCCACCGCUGUUAGACGACACAGAAGAGGAGAGCUUAGAGCCGCAGUGCUGCUGCUCACAGCGUCUUCCUCCAGCAGAGAGUCCAGGAUCAGGAGGAAACGGAGCCUCGGUCUGUUACCUGGAGCUGCCACAGCAGCAUGAGGAGAAGAAUAACCCCGGGCACGGAGUCUGCUGCAGGUGCAGCCACAACUGCACCAGUGUCACUUCAAAGUCACCAAUAGUGAGGCUGUUUCGGGAGGAAGGCACCAUGACGUCACAGAACAAACUGGUCAAUGCUGAGGUGCAGACCGUCUCUCCUAUUGGCUCCUGGUGGGACCUCAGGAGGAACAUCUCCACCUGCAGCAUGGGGUCACAUUCCAUCUUGGGCUCGCCUCCUGGAUCCAGGCUGAACCUGAGGUUUUCAGUGGGGUCACACUCUAAUUUGGUAUCACCCUCCUCCAGCAUGUUUAAAAUCAGUAGUUUGGAAGAGGAGCAGAGACACGGAGAGUUCCACCAGGAGAAGAAGAAGAGAUCAUGUCUGAAGAUGCUGGACAAGGACGACCUGGGCAGGAGAAGCAGCAUGAAGCAGGUCCAGUGGGAUGAGGACGGGUUGACAUGGGACAUUCACGGAGCAUCUGUGGACCCCGAGGUGCUGAGCACUGCCAUACAGAGACACCUGGAGCUCAGUCCAGACCCACCGCUGAGAAAGUCCUCCAAGAAGACCAAAGCUCCAAAACCACCGCUAACGUCAAAUGUAGUGAAAGCCGAGGCUCCUGAGCUGAAGGCAGAUGUUAUGAUUAAUACUUCGUUCUGUGUGAUGCACAGUGAGGUGGGGCAGGACAGAGGAGGUAAGGAGGAGGAAACACCAGAUGUUCCUUGCAGAGUUAGCAGAGCUGAGGGGGAAAAUGUGAGAGAGGAAGAGGAUGAGGUUUACACAGAGGAAGGAAUCAGCCGUCUGAAAUCUCACUCCAAUGAGAGUCACAGUCAGAGGAGAAGUGUGAUGAGAAGUGUGUCAGGCUGGUGCGGAGGCUGCCGGAGGGAGAAGCACUGAUGUUGUUGUUGAUGAUUCUGAGG